AUGGAUGAAAAUUUGCCUAAACUCAUCAAGGAAGUAUGGGAUAAAGACACUGAAGAUAGAAGUCAAUUCCACAGAGAUCAAUUUGUCAAUAAAGGAAAGCAAAAUGCCAAUGGCCAUCGUUGGAGCAUGAUAACAUACCGUGUUGCCCUUGCAAUCUACAUUCGGUCUCCAGCUGCCUUCAAUGCCUUGAAAAGUUUUAAGAUUCUGGAGUUACCUUCUACUAUAAGUCUUCAAACAUUUACAGCGGUUAGGAACCAUUCGCCUGGUGUUAAUGAGGACUACAUAGCAGAAAAAAGGAAGACUAUGAUUUGUUCUCAGAGGAAUCUUUGA